UCUACUUGGGUCACAUUAUUAUCUAUAUAUAUUUAUCAAUGUUAAAAAUCAAUACUGACGAUAAUCGAAACCGACGAGACUUUUGUUAUCAAGAUGGACAUUGAUCCGAAAUUCACGUUCGUACCAUUGAAUGAAAAAACUUACGUGGGAAUAAAUGACAAAAAUACGCAAGAAUAUCUUUGUAAAUGGGGUUUAAAAGAGAACUUUGUUAUUCAGAGUUUUUCAUUCAACGAACCAUUUCAACAAUAUCACAAAUAUCAGCUGGCUGAUGCAUUUUUUAAAGAUGAUAUUGUCGCAAAAACACUACUGUCUAAACAGGGUAACAUCUGGUUAAGACAAGGUAUAAGAGCUUCGAGUGUGGAGGUAAAGCAAAUACCGUGUUCCGUUUUAAGUAUGUCGUUUUUUAAUAAAUUAAAGGAUCCAGAUAAUGGAAUAACAUAUAAUUCAGGAACAAUCUGUAAAAGAUAUGAUAUACAAGUGGAAGACUUUCUGGUAUCUGACAACUUGCGCGGUAUGCUUUUAGAUGAGGAGUCGGAAGAAUAUAAUUUGUAUUCGGAAGACGAAAGAAAGGAAUUUGUAUUUCGAAUUUUUCAAAUGCUCGUUCUUGGCGGAAUAUUAUGUCAAUUUGAGGAUAUGUUACAGCCAUAUCUAGAUAUUACGAAAAAUAUUUAUAAAGAUCUCAUAAGGGUGCAAAAACAAAAUAACUCGAAUGAUUUGUUCGUCAGUACUCUGGUAUUGGAAGUAAUUGCUAAAGAUAGCAAAGGUCAGAAUUAUUUUCCAUUCAACCCCAAUAGGCAAAAUAUUGCAUUUUUACUAGUAGAUGCUAAUUCUCGCGAAAUCACGACUUUUGUGCAUCAAUAUGGAGGAUAUUGUUCCACAGAUUAAAAAUUUCAUUAUACUACUUCUACAUAUGGAGAACAUAUUUCAUUCGUUUAGAAAUAUUAUAUUUUUCAAUUAGUACAUUUCAUGUACUAUAUCUUCAUAAUUAUAAUUAGAUAUAGUCUUCUUAUUCGUAAAAUAUACUUAAAUCUUAUAUACAUAAUAAUUUAUAUAAAAUAAUUUAUCACAACAUUCAAGAUAUUCUGUAUUUCAAGAUUGUACAAGAUAAUUUAUUUAAUUGAGCUGAAUUAAACUAAAUUAAACUCAA